GUGCUGACAACAGGUGCACACACUUUACACUAGAGUGAUCUCACUCUAAUCAAGCAGCUGCCACGAUUCAAAGAUUUGCAGAGCAUUUUUCUGGAAUUGUGGGCAGGAAAUAAGGCAGGAAAUAAGGCCUAACAAUGGCCAACUUUGGAGGACAUGCCAUUCCCGGCUCUUUUUUCCUGCUCCUUGGCUUCUGGCUAACGGUGAAAUACAUUCUCCAACACUACUGGAGGACAAGUCAGCCCAAAGGAAGACAGAUUAUGCCCCCUUUCUCUAAACGGAUGCACUACUUGGAGGGAGGAUGUCUAAUAUUUGGUGCAUUUGUAGGUAUUAUGGUUGAACAGUUUGUGGUGGAUGGUCCACAUGCUCAUCUCUACGACACGGCGAACCACUCAUGGGUCAAGCUGAUGAACUGGCAGCAUGGCACAAUGUAUCUGUUCUUUGGGAUCUCUGGAAUAGCAAUUGUCGCCAGCACUGCAUCCAAACUGGUGCCGGUUGGUGUUGACCGCCUUUCUCUGUCAUUGGCUCUUUUUGUUGAAGGGUUUCUGUUCUACUACCACGUGCACAUGCGUCCCCCUCUGGACGCUCACAUCCACUCCCUGCUGCUCGUUGCUGUCUUUAUUGGAUCGGCCUGCUUCAUGGUGGAGGUGUUCAUAAAAGACAACAUUGUUUUGGAGCUGUUCGGGGCAUGCAUGUUCAUCCUGCAGGGCUCAUGGUUCUACCAGAUUGGGUUUGUACUUUACCCAUUGAGGGGGCCGGUGUGGGACUUGAAGAUGCACGACAACAUCAUGUUCAUCACAAUGUGCUUCUGCUGGCAUUUAGCUGUGGCCCUUCUUUUAGUCGCUUGCACCUCUUCUUUCGUUUGGUUCACAGUGAAGCGAUUCUCAGAAAAGGGACGAGACAUUGAGAUUGGAAUGCGAAAUACGUCCUCGAAAACGAGCUCCCAGAAAGCUUUGCUUGAAGAGUCGGAUGAAGAGUGA